AUGAAAUACACUUCGACGCGCAACGGAUCGAUUGUGACUAGCUUUGAAGAUGCAAUUUGUUCGGGGUACGCGCCCGACGGAGGCCUAUUCGUCCCGGAAUGCCUGCCACCUAUCACCACCACGCAUCUACAAAACUGGUCGGCCUUGACCUAUCCGGAACUUUCCCAAACGAUCUUGCGACUUUUUAUUGCUCCAGACGAAGUUCCAGAACAUGCCCUACAAAACAUUUGUACGUCCGCGUUCGAAGGAUUCGAAAAUCCAGCGCACGCCGUUCCGGUAAUCCAAGUCGGCUCCAUUUUCGUUGCCGAACUCUUUCACGGUCCCACCUUUUGUUUCAAAGACCUGGGAAUGCGAACCGUCGUAAACCUACUUUCUUACUUUAGCCAGAAACGCCAACGUUCUAUCACGCUAUUGGUAUCGACUACGGGGGACACCGGCCCAGCUGCUGUCCGGGCAGUCAGCGAUAUCGGCAAUCCUCUCUUGACCAUACUCGUACACUACCCGGAGGGUCAAAUCUCCGAGUUUCAGCGGAAACAGCUAACGACGGUGGAUUCUUCAUGUGUACGCGUAGCGACCUUUCAAGGGGGAGGGGACGACAUGGAUCGGCCCAUAAAGAAUCUUCUUUCCCAACAGUCCUACACGGACAGUAACACGCUGCUGACUGGCGUCAACUCGUACAACAUUGGGCGACCCUUGAUGCAAAUGGUACACUAUGUCUGGACGUAUCUACGGGUACUAGAAGAGCUCGGCAAAAUCCCCGGAGAUCCUGACGUCAAGUUGGAUAUCGUGUUGCCCACCGGGGCGAUGGGGAAUUUAGCAGGAGGUUACAUGGCCAAAAAGAUGGGCUUACCCCUCGGCAAGCUGAAUGCUGGCGUGAACGCCAACGACAUCACGCACCGUGUCGUACAGACCGGUGAAUUUUACAAAAGUGAGACCAUGCUCAAGACCUUGUCGGAUGCCAUUAAUAUUCAGGUUCCGUACAAUUUCGAGCGUCUAUUGUUUUAUCUGACCAAUGGUCAACACGAUUUGGUUCGAGCUUGGAUGACAACGAUGGAUGCUACGAAUCGACUGAAUCUCGAUCGUGAAUGGCUCACUGUGCUGCAACGGGAUUUCAACAGUGCCCGGCUGUCGGACGAAGAAAUGUGCACGACGAUCCGUUCCACGCAAGAACAGUUCGGUUACUUGGUUGAUCCGCACACCGCCAUCGCCAUUGGUGCCGCCCAAAAACUGGGUUGUGGUCUGGAUCGAGUCACUACGGUCCAUCCAACCGUCAUCCUGGCGACGGCUUCGCCUUGCAAGUUUGAAGAAUCCGUCACGGCGGCUAUUACCGGUGCGGGAUGGGCUGCCUACUUGCAAAAUGGUUUUCCAGCCGCCGCCCGAGGGAUCACGGAAUUGCCGGAACGAUCGCCCAUUGUGUAUCUAGCGAAGGCCGGCGGAACUCUCUCGAGUUGGCAAGCCGAAUGGGAGGAACGGGCACGAGCAAUCGUGGCCGAUCUCGGAGCCGCCAACGGCUACCGAUGCGUUACGCAAUCUAAGUAG